AUGAUUGCCAUAUUCGACGAAGACGGAGGCGGCGACGUGGACUUCCAAGAGUUUGUCUCGGGACUAUCAGCCUUCAGCUCGAAGGGGAAUAAAGAGGAGAAGCUGCGCUUUGCCUUUAAAGUCUACGAUAUCGACCGCGAUGGCUACAUUUCGAACGGAGAGCUGUUCAUUGUCUUGAAGAUGAUGGUCGGGAGCAACUUGAAGGAUAUGCAGCUGCAGCAGAUCGUGGAUAAGACGAUUAUGGAGGCUGAUAAAGAUGGCGAUGGGAAGAUUAGUUUUGAGGAAUUUACGCGCAUGGUGGAAAAUACGGAUGUCAGCAUGAGCAUGACUUUGGAGACUUGUGAUGUAGAAAUGGGGGGCCACUGCUCGAACAGCCAAAGAAUUUACAACCAUCUUAGCUUGCAACUAACCGCCUACCGCAAUACAGUGACCCUCGGUGGUCUUUUUCAGUCACCUAAAAUUGUUUGA